AUGGCGUCCUCCGAGAACUCUCCCGCCUCGUCCGCCGUCAGCGACGCAGUCGCGCAACUCCCUCUGCCCGCCAUCCCGGCGCUUGACGGCGCCGCUUGGUGUACGCACACGUCGUUCUACGGUGCGCGUCAUCGACCGUUCGAGGCGAACGCGGGCGAGGACGUGCUCGACUACGAGCGACUCGAGCAUGUCGGCGACGCUCUCCUUGGCGCAGAAGUCACGCUGCUCCUCGUCAAAUCCGACCUCGUUUCGAACCAAACACUGGCGCUCAUCUCCUCGCGCCUCGGCUUUCCCUCGCAGCUCAGAGCCGCCGCCGCCCAACUCUACCAGCUCCGCAACAAUCCUCUCGUUCAGGCAUCAAUGUUUGAGGCCUACCUGGCUCAGUUGCACGUCGAGAAGGGCCACGCCGCCUUCCAACUCUUCGUCAAUUUGCUCUUUUCCCGGCUCGUCCCGGUUGUUGUCCAGGCGGUCCGUGCCGCAAAGCCCGCGGCGCCCGCCAUCCCGUCUAUCGGAACGGUCAACUACGUUGGUAUGCUGAUGGAGUGGACUCCGCGAAUGAGGGGACGAGGUGGACGGACUGUUACCUUCACUCCGAGCCGUCGCGGCGGGCUGGCCCCCCAGCCGCUGUGGGAGCUUUCCUGCACGGUGCAGCAGCACGAGAGGCAAGGAGUGACGGACACGAGGGAAUAUGAUGGGAUGGGCUCGACUGUUGCCGAAGCCAAGCGCCACGCAGCAUACCAGGCGUGCCUCGACCUCGGCCUGAUUUAG